GAAGAGACAGGAACCCCGUCGAGGGCCAGCUGGCUAGCGUUGGUGGUGGUUGUGGUGGUGGUGGUGUUCACGUCUGGAACUGUUGGCCGGCGCGGGAAGGAAAGGUCACUUGCUCUCCUGCUGCUUCCACCUUGUAACUCCCUCCUCCCGCACUCCGCAGUGCAACUUCACGACUACUACAUCCUGUCCACCCUCAUUCGCCUCCCCCCUCCUUCGACAGCAUGACCAGGUUUCGCUUUGGCGACCCCGACGAGUCGGCCUCCGACCUCGACGACGACACCGCGGGUCUCCCAUUCCCCGAACCUUUGUCUCGCGCUUCCUUUCUCACACCCGAUUUCGAUGCGGCGCAAUACCUAUCCUCCUUGACCAAUCGACACCAGAGUCUGGAAGACCUGCGGCAGGAAUUGCGGGAGUUGGAUCAGGCGCUGAGCAGGCAACUGUUGGAUUUGGUCAAUGAGAACUACCAGGAUUUUCUAUCCUUGGGAACUGCCUUGCACGGAGGGGAAGAGAAGGUCGAACAGGUUCGGGUCGGUUUGUUGGCAUUCCAAAGAGACGUGCAGGCGAUUCGGGAUAAAGUGGAGGCCAGGCACCAAGAGGUCGCACAGCUGAUUGAGGAGAAGAGACGGCUGAAAGGAAACACCAACGUUGCCCGGGCGUUGCUGGAUUUCGCCGAUCGAGUCGAAGAACUGGAAAGGAGAUUGAUGAUCGGAGGUGCGCCUGCGGCAGAAGAUGCGGAUUCGGACCUGCUGGAAAGUGAGACCGAUGGUGACGACGAUGAGGAGCUGUCUAGCGGUGCAUCGACCACCCCGCUGGUCUCGCUCAAGCGACUGGAACAUCAUAUCCAGAAAUUGGUCUACCUGACGAGGCUGUCGUCCCGCAUCGGGGAUGAGCAUCCGUUUCUACUCGGACAGCAGCCGCGCCUGUCCAAAAUCAAGUCGGCCGUGCUAUUGGACCUGAAAACCGCUCUCGAGCAAGCCAGCCAUGCCGGAGAAAAGCGAGAUACAAAAACGCUGGCCGUGUUGCGUCUCUACAAGCUCAUGGGGGAGGAUACCAGUGCCGUGACGGCGCUGAAGAACUUGAAACUAUAACACAUCCCAUCCGGACAGGUACCAGAGUUGUUUUUGCAUAGCGUCGGCGUUGGGAGAAUAUUCUGAUUCCGUUUCAGAACGAGAAAUAUAUAUGAAGCAAUACCAUUAUACA